AUGGCUGCGAGCGACCACCUGUCCUUCUACUGCGACGGCGACCCCAGCUUCAUCGUCGACCCCGCCAUCUUUGAUCCCACCGCUGCCCUCGGUCUGCUCUCCGCCCCGACCGGCCCCAGUACAUUCCCGGCCCCGACUGCCUCCCCGCACUCCCAGUCCGGCCUCUCCUCCGACCUCACCUGGUCCGAGCCCUCAGAGUCAGAGGCAACACACCCGGGCCCAAGCCGCCCACGCACCGCUCUCGGCCCCACGGAGCCCGCCCGGAAGCGUGUUAGGUCCAAGGUCGAGCUUGCCCCAGGUCAACCACCAACGGCCCGCGGCAACCCCCGCAUCCGCGUGUUCGUCGCAUGCUACCAAUGCCGUGCUCGCAAGGUCCGCUGUGACGGCGCCAAGCCUGUCUGCUGCAACUGCGAAAAGAGGCCCAACGGCGCUGACCCCUGCUCUUACGACAAGGGCCCCAACCGCAAAGGCCCUGACAAGGGCCGCCGAUCCCGUGGCGCUACUGCUACUGCUCCCGCCCCAGCCCCAGACCGCGCAGAGAAACAACCUGCCCGACCGAAACCGCCUGCACGCCCCGCAAGCCCUCAACCUGAGAGCGUCAGCUCACCAUCCGAAUCCGAUGCCCAGUCCCGUAUCAACGAAGAGGACCCGUUCGUCGAGGGAUUGCCGCUUGACGACGAUGUCGCCAUGCUCGACUUGGGCGAGGAAAUGGUCUGGGAACAUCGCGACCCUAUGCUCUUCGACGCCAACAUGUACAACAACAUGUUGAUCACCGACCCCCAGCUCUCUAUGACUCUUCCCUGGGAAUCCGGCCAAAAUGUAGACCAGUCCGGCGCCAACGAAACCGAGGACGAACCGACGGACGAGUUCGCCAGACCGCCGAGCAGCAGAUACGCUCGAGAUUCAUGGUGGGACGCUCUUCUUGGCUUUUACAACCAGGAGUUCGGGUCCCCAGAAGAUCGUCUGGCCAUUGUACUCUCUCAGCAACAGCGCAGCUCAGCAAUGAGGCUUAUCGUCAGAGACCUCCGGGUUAUGUUCCACUCGUCUCCCUGUUGGAUCUCAUUCAUACACAUCCCUCGCUUCUUCGAUACUCUUUUCAGCCCUAUCCGCAGGCACUCCAUGCAACCUAGUUUCUUGCUCGUCUCGGGCUGGGUCGACAUUGGCCUCGCCCAAGCUGCCCUCCUGAUCGCGAAUUUCGAGAUGCAGUCGCAUCCGCGACAGACCAUCGAGCGCUCCAACUCGUCGCUACUCCUCCUCGAUUCCCUCGUCAGACUCUUCGGGCUUUCUCAACUCGACGCAUCCGUGAAAACCAAAGGCUCCUCGCCCUUCGUCGUCACCAGUGGCGGCGGGCGCACUGCGAAUCCGGCCGCGACCCUCGGGCUCAUCACCCCUGGGCCCCGCUACGACUCCUACAUCAACGCACCCGCGACGAGCCACGGCCACUUCCCCCGCUCCCCGACGUCCGCAGAGGACCCUUACCACUUCCUUCGGAGCCUCGCCCAUCCGUCGUACACCGCGGGCAGCACGCCUGCCACGGGGCUGCCGCGCGGGUGCACCUGCCGGAGCUACUCGCUCGGCAGACUGACCACGAUGUGGCCCGAGGGCAUGCCCGAGGCCGAGUUCCUCCGCGAGGAGGCCCGCCGGCUCGUCUGGGCGAGCGUGAUGGUCGUCUCCAACCGGACCGCGUACACCUGCUCCACACCCGCGAGCCUGCGGCUCGGGCACAGCAAGCUGUUCGUCACCGAGCCGGAAACGGUGCGUCCCUCCGUUCUCUCCCCUCGUCCUCGCUCUCGUCGCCGUGGGCCCGUGCUGACCGACGCCCGGCGACCCGCACCCGCAGUUCGCGCUCCUGCUGCCGGGGAGGCGCUCGCGCGGGCGGGCGCGCAGGUGGACCCGGACGACAUGUGGUCGCUCGCGCUCCGGACGAUGCUCCUGCUCGAGGUGUGCCAGCGCGUGCGCGAGGACCCGACGCUGGGCGCGGCCGAGCGCGCGCACCACGGCGUGCAGGCGUGGCUCGAGAUCGACGACAUCGAGGCCCGCCUGGCCCGGCACACGUGCGACAUGGACAGCAGCUUCGGCUUCCAGGGCCGCGAGAUGCUGUUCCUGCUCCGGCUGCUGACCUCGUACGACUUCCAGCGGUUCAUACCGCAGAUCACCACGACUGGGAGGCUCUUCUACCGUGACAAGGCAAUGUCCUGGUUGCGAUACAUCACGGCGGUCGCAAAGUACAUCAACCGCGCGAUAAACGACCCACGGCCGAAGAUGGCGAAGGACCACCGCAAGUCGAUGCUCCUCUUCUGGUACAUCGCCAACGUCAAAAGAGCGAUGAGCCUGUGGGAGGCCGACCCCGAGCUCACCGCGGCGCUCACCGUAGCAUGCCAGUUCUCGGAGUUCGUCGAGCACUGGAUGCUGCUCUGGCCCCCCGGACGCGUCCGCUUCGCCUGGCAGGACCUCCGCUACAAGCUCAUCGACGCCUGCCGCACCGCCGAGCUGCCCCCGCCGGCGACCACGCUCCCGCGGCGCCCGCGGCGGCGGGACGUGUCGCCGCCUCCUGGCCCGGGCCAGCUGAGAGGGGGAGGUGAGAUGCUGUCCGGGCCCCCCGCGUCGUCGUCGUCGUCGUCGACGCCGGCGUCGUACGCCGGCGGGGCGGCGCAGCCGGAAUGGCACGCAGGGAUGUACAGGGGCAGCUUUUGA